GCUUUGUGGCGGGCCGUCUGCCUCUCCCCCUCCCAAGCGCCGAACCCCCCCUCCCACUUCUUCUUCUUGCACUGGCGGUCGGUCGGCGGGGGCGGCUGGGGUCUCAGCCCUUCCAUUUCAGCUUUCUCGCUUCCCCGGUAGCUCGGGGGCGGCUCCAGUCUUAGAAAUGCCGCCGGCCCCCGGUUCCGGCUUCCCGGCUCAGCCGCUGCGGCCGCCAGGGCUGCUGUUAGCGCCGAGCCGGGCGCUGCGGCGGCUCCUCCCGGGGCCUACAAAUGCCCCGCCAGCCCGUGCGCGGAGCCCCCCUCGCGGGUUACAUAACCGGGCUCCUGGCCGACGCCCGAUUGACCGCCAGAGAUACGACGAGAACGAGGACUUGUCGGACGUGGAGGAGAUUGUCAGCGUCCGCGGCUUCAGCCUGGAGGAGAAGCUGCGCAGCCAGCUGUACCAGGGGGACUUCGUGCACGCCAUGGAGGGCAAAGAUUUCAACUAUGAGUACGUGCAGAGAGAAGCUCUCAGAGUUCCUCUGAUAUUUCGAGAAAAGGAUGGCCUGGGGAUUAAGAUGCCUGACCCUGAUUUCACAGUCCGAGAUGUCAAACUCCUAGUGGGUAGCCGGCGGCUGGUGGAUGUGAUGGACGUGAACACGCAGAAAGGCACGGAGAUGAGCAUGUCCCAGUUUGUGCGGUACUACGAGACGCCCGAGGCCCAGCGGGACAAGCUGUACAACGUCAUCAGCCUUGAGUUCAGCCACACCAAGCUGGAGCACUUGGUGAAGCGUCCCACUGUGGUAGACCUGGUGGACUGGGUGGACAACAUGUGGCCCCAGCACUUGAAGGAGAAGCAGACGGAAGCCACCAACGCCAUUGCAGAGAUGAAGUAUCCGAAAGUGAAGAAGUACUGUCUGAUGAGCGUGAAAGGUUGUUUCACGGACUUCCACAUCGACUUUGGAGGCACUUCCGUUUGGUACCAUGUUUUCCGGGGUGGGAAGAUCUUUUGGCUGAUUCCUCCAACCUUGCACAAUUUGGCACUGUAUGAGGAGUGGGUGCUGUCAGGCAAACAGAGCGACAUCUUCCUGGGAGACCGUGUGGAGCGAUGCCAAAGAAUUGAGCUGAAACAGGGCUACACGUUUUUCAUCCCUUCUGGCUGGAUCCAUGCAGUCUACACCCCUGUAGACUCUCUGGUGUUCGGCGGAAACAUCCUGCACAGCUUCAACGUGCCCAUGCAGCUGCGGAUCUACGAGAUCGAGGACAGAACGCGGGUGCAGCCCAAAUUUCGUUACCCCUUCUACUAUGAGAUGUGCUGGUAUGUCUUGGAGAGAUACGUGUACUGUGUGACCCAGCGGUCCUACCUCACUCAGGAAUACCAGCGAGAGUCAAUGCUUAUUGAUGCCCCAAGAAAGCCCAGCAUAGACGGCUUCUCAUCAGAUUCUUGGCUGGAGAUGGAGGAGGAGUCCUGUGAGCAGCAGCCCCAGGAGGAGAAGGAAGAGGAGGAGGACGAGGAAGAGGAGGAGGGUGCAGAUAAGACGCCCAAACCAUCCACCGAUGGCCCUGCCUCACCCACCAGCACCCCCUCCGAGGACCAGGAGGCCCCUGGGAAGAAGCCCAAAGCCCCUGCCAUGCGGUUCCUCAAAAGGACUUUGUCGAAUGAGUCAGAAGACAGUGUGAAGUCCGCCACGAUGCCUGUAGACUACCCCAAGACUCCCACUGGCUCUCCUGCCACCGAGGUCUCUGCCAGAUGGACCCAUCUCACUGAGUUUGAACUGAAGGGCCUGAAAGCUCUGGUGGAGAAACUUGAAUCCCUCCCGGAGAACAAGAAGUGUGUCCCCGAGGGCAUCGAGGACCCCCAGGCACUCCUGGAGGGUGUGAAGAAUGUCCUGAAGGAGCAUGCAGACGAUGAUCCCACUCUGGCCAUCACUGGGGUCCCUGUAGUCACUUGGCCAAAGAAGACUCCAAAGAACCGGGCGGUAGGUCGGCCCAAGGGGAAGCUGGGCCCAGCCUCCGCGGUGAAGUUGGCCGCCAACCGGACCACGGCGGGAGCUCGCCGGCGCCGGACGCGAUGCCGCAAAUGCGAGGCCUGCUUGCGGACGGAGUGCGGAGAGUGCCACUUCUGCAAGGACAUGAAGAAGUUCGGGGGCCCCGGGCGGAUGAAGCAGAGCUGCAUCAUGCGGCAGUGCAUCGCGCCAGUGCUGCCCCACACCGCCGUGUGCCUAGUGUGUGGCGAGGCAGGGAAAGAGGACACAGUGGAAGAGGAAGAAGGGAAGUUUAACCUCAUGCUCAUGGAGUGCUCCAUCUGCAACGAAAUCAUCCACCCUGGAUGCCUUAAGAUUAAGGAGUCAGAGGGCGUGGUCAACGAUGAGCUUCCAAACUGCUGGGAGUGUCCGAAGUGUAACCACGCUGGCAAGACCGGGAAAGCCUACAAGCAAAAGCGUGGCCCUGGCUUUAAGUACGCCUCAAACCUGCCCGGCUCCCUGCUGAAGGAGCAGAAGAUGAACCGGGACAACAAGGAGGGGCAGGAGCCUGCCAAGCGGAGGAGUGAGUGUGAGGAGGCGCCCCGGCGCAGGUCAGACGAGCACCCCAAGAAGGUGCCCCCUGACGGCAUCCUGCGCCGAAAGUCCGACGAUGUGCAUCUGAGGAGGAAGCGGAAAUACGAGAAGCCCCAGGAGCUGAGUGGACGCAAGCGAGCCUCGACGCUUCAAACGUCCCCCGGUUCCUCCUCUCACCUCUCGCCGAGGCCCCCUCUAGGCAGCAGCCUCAGCCCCUGGUGGAGAUCCAGUCUCACUUACUUCCAGCAGCAGCUAAAACCUGGCAAAGAAGAUAAGCUUUUCAGGAAAAAGCGGCGGUCCUGGAAGAACGCUGAGGACCGGAUGUCUCUAGCUAACAAGCCUCUCAGGCGGUUCAAGCAGGAACCGGAGGACGACCUGCCUGAGGCGCCCCCCAAGACUAGGGAGAGCGACCACUCCCGCUCCAGCUCCCCCACUGCUGGGCCCAGCACGGAGGGGGCGGAGGGCCCCGAGGAGAAGAAGAAGGUGAAGAUGCGCCGGAAGCGGCGGCUCCCCAACAAGGAGCUGAGCAAGGAGCUGAGCAAGGAGCUCAACCAGGAGAUCCAGAAAACGGAGAGCAGCCUGGCCCACGAGAACCACCAGCCCAUCAAGUCGGAGCCCGAGAGCGAGAAUGAGGAGCCCAAGCGGCCCCUGGGCCUCUGUGAGCGCCCGCAUCGCUUCAGCAAGGGGCUCAACGGCACCCCCCGGGAGCUGCGGCACCAGCUGGGGCCCGGCCUGCGCAGCCCGCCCCGAGUCAUCUCCCGGCCCCCUCCCUCCGUGUCCCCGCCCAAGUGCAUGCAGAUGGAGCGACAUGUGAUCCGGCCACCCCCCAUCAGCCCCCCGCCCGACUCGCUGCCCCUGGAUGACGGGGCGGCCCACGUCAUGCACAGGGAGGUGUGGAUGGCCGUCUUCAGCUACCUCAGCCACCAAGACCUGUGUGUCUGCAUGCGGGUCUGCAGGACCUGGAACCGCUGGUGCUGCGAUAAGCGGUUAUGGACCCGCAUCGACCUGAACCACUGCAAGUCCAUCACGCCCCUGAUGCUGAGCGGCAUCAUCCGGCGACAGCCUGUCUCCCUGGACCUCAGCUGGACCAAUAUCUCCAAGAAACAGCUGAGCUGGCUCAUCAACCGGUUGCCUGGGCUCCGAGACUUGGUGCUGUCGGGCUGCUCGUGGAUUGCAGUCUCAGCCCUCUGUAGCUCCAGUUGUCCGCUGCUCCGGACCCUGGAUGUCCAGUGGGUAGAAGGACUAAAGGACGCCCAGAUGCGGGAUCUGCUGUCCCCGCCUACGGAUAACAGGCCAGGUCAGAUGGACAAUCGGAGUAAGCUCCGGAACAUCGUGGAGCUGCGUCUGGCCGGCCUGGACAUCACGGAUGCCUCCCUGCGGCUCAUCAUUCGCCACAUGCCCCUGCUCUCCAAGCUCCACCUUAGUUACUGUAACCAUGUCACUGACCAGUCCAUCAACCUGCUCACCGCUGUGGGCACCACCACCCGAGACUCCUUAACUGAAAUCAACCUGUCAGACUGCAAUAAGGUCACUGACCAGUGCCUGUCCUUCUUCAAACGCUGUGGGAAUAUCUGUCACAUUGACCUGAGGUACUGCAAGCAAGUUACCAAGGAAGGCUGUGAGCAGUUCAUAGCCGAAAUGUCUGUUAGUGUCCAGUUUGGGCAAGUGGAAGAGAAACUCCUACAAAAACUGAGUUAGUCCGAGGACAAGUAUGUAAAUACGGGGUGGGGGUGGGGGGGACGCGGCAGGGGAGGGUAAAAGACAUUACAAAAACUAGGGCUUUUAUUUUCAAUUUGGAACUUGGAACAACAGACCACAGAACGAUUCCAUUUUGCAAGUCUCGCCGAGGGAGAAGCCAGUCCGCCACCAUUUUGGGGAUGAGUGAGUCAGGCGCUUACCUUUGGUCUUUCUGAAUCAAAACUGCACUGCUUUCUGGACCAUUUCUAAGGUGGCCUUUACCAAGAAGACAUUCCCGUCGGAGAGGAGGAUGAACUUAGAAGAAUUUCUCUUACUGAAGCAUGAGCUUAGGAAUUUUUUUUUUGGUGGUGUUUUUGUUUUGGACACCUUAUUCCUGGCAACUUUGGGGUUUUUGGUGUCAACAUAAAGUGGACCACACACCACACCUGCCGUUUCAACAUGUUUGUUUGUUUGGUUUUGUUACAUCUUACAUUAUGCAGAACUAUUUUUGUACAAAUUGUUUAAAAGUUAUUUAUGCAAGGUUUGAAUGCAUACCAGUGUUUUAUUGUUUUGAGAUUGCCAACUUUCCUGGUUUCCUUAAGGUAGGAGAGAACUUAACCUGUACUUCAUACAAAUCCAUCUACACACGUGCCCAGAUCUGGCAAAGCAGGCUAAGACCUUCCAGUUAAAAGCAUGUCUAACUGGAAGUUGAGAGCCUGCUUUGUAUGUCAAGAAGUUACAUAAGCAUGUUGUGGAUCUAUGUAAAUUAUAGUCAAAGCGAGACACUUUGCUAAAUUUCCUCUGUAUAGAACUCACCUUUUUCUCAAAAUUUUAAAAUUCAGACUUUAGCCUUUGCACUCAGGAGGGUUUUGCUCCAGCAUGAGCUCUUAUACUCUAUAAGAUCUAAUUUAUACAGAGUCAAGAAGUUGAAUAAAUAAUCCAACAUAGCCUUUCUUUUCCUUUUUUUCUCUCCUUUGAAGUGUGAGUUGAGUUCUCAUUUAAGGUUUAUAACAUGGCUGUUUCCCAGGUGUAAAGUUAUGCAUUCAUAAGUGCCAUUGUCGUAAGGUGUUGUUUUCCUAGACCUUCCCUGACGCGGUUUUACCUUUGUUGAAUUUGUAUAAACAACUGUACAAAAAAACCACUCUUGGACUUUGAGGGUUUCUGUUCUGGGGGUGGACUAGAAAUUUGACUGGGAAGUCCAGAGGCAGUCAUCUCAACACCAGCGUAUACUGUUUUGAAGCCAAACAAGGUAUAGUUUCUUACACACCUGAGAAAUGCAGCAGCGCCUUGGUAUGUGUUUUUUGCAUCUUCAGAAAGAGGUCUUGCUGUUUGUGGCUAAGAAAGGUAACGGGAAAGAACUGUGCUACACCAGUGUCCACGUGUAAGAGUUGGGUACGAACUGCCUUAAGGGGCAGGGUGGCUUACCUGUU